CCCGCUACCCCGCGGCCCCUUGAUCUAGCCAUGUACCCCGCGGAUCUCCCGGCCGGAUCAACCCCGCGCCGGGCUCCACAGUGCGGCCACCGCUUUCCACCUGGGCGUCCCGCCGACGCGCCACGGCCCCCUGUGCGGGUCCCGGGAGCCGCCGCACGCCCCCAGCCCCCCGCGCCGGUACCGCGGCCCGGCGUAGCGGUAAAGAUGGCUUUUCGCAAGGCCUACUCCAUCAAGGACAAGCUGCAGGCCAUCGAGCGCGUCAAGGGCGGCGAGCGACAAGCCAGUGUGUGCCGCGACUUCGGGGUGCCCGGAGGCACGCUGCGCGGCUGGCUCAAAGACGAGCCCAAGCUGCGCUGGUUCCUGGACCAGCUGGGCGGCGAGGUGGGCACACAGCGCAAGAAGAUGCGGCUGGCCAACGAGGAGGAGAUCGACCGCGCAGUAUAUUCGUGGUUUCUCGCGUUGCGUCGGCAUGGCGUGCCACUGUCGGGGCCACUCAUCCAGGCGCAGGCCGAGGCCUUCGCGCGCCAGAUCUAUGGGCCCGAGUGCACCUUCAAGGCCAGUCACGGCUGGUUUUGGCGCUGGCAGAAACGCCAUGGGAUUUCCAGCCAGCGCAUCUAUGGUGAGGUGGAUCCCCCAUCAGGCCCAACGCCCAGCCCACCAGUCAAGGCGGAGCCCGCGGAAGCCACUGACGCCAGCCCUCUGCUGGACCGGGCGCCUGCUGCGCUGUGCCCUGCCGAGGCCGGUUAUGGCGACGAGCAGAUCUACAAUGCCAAUGUCACUGGUCUCUACUGGAGGCUGCUUCCGGAACAGGCUGCGCCCCGGAGCUCCAGGGACCCCGAAACAGGGGGCUACAGCUGGCGCGCUGACAGAGUGACAGUGCUCUUAGCUGCCAACCUGACUGGCAGUCACAAGCUGAAGCCUUUGGUCAUCGGACAGCUGCCCGACCCGCCCAGCCUGCGCCACCACAACCAUGACAAGUUCCCAGCCUCCUACCGCUAUAGCCCUGACGCCUGGCUUAGCCGUCCUCUGCUGCGCGGCUGGUUCUUCGAGGAAUUCGUUCCAGGCGUCAAGCGCUACCUACGUCGAAGCUGCCUGCAGCAGAAGGCAGUUCUGCUUGUUGCCCACCCGCCCUGCCCCAGCUGGGCCACCAGAAUGGCCUCUCUGGAAGAGAGUGAGGAGAACCCCAGGCAGUGCCGGCCAGAACCCCUGGGGACCCCAGAAGAGCUGCAGACACCCGAUGGUGCUGUGCGGGUGCUCUUCCUAUCCAAGGGCAACAGCCAGACACAUAUCCCUGCGCCUCUGGAACAGGGUGUGGUGGUGGCCUUCAAACAUCUGUACAAGCGAGAGCUGCUUCGGCUGGCAGUGUCCUGUGCUAGUGGCUCCCCAUUGGACUUCAUGCGCAGCUUCAUGCUCAAAGACAUGCUGUACCUGGCAGGCCUCUCCUGGGACCUGGUGCAGGCAGGCAGCAUUGAGCGCUGUUGGCUUUUGGGCCUGCGGGCUGCCUUUGAACCUGGGCAGCAGCCAACCUACCAAGCUGAGGAAGCUGCAGAGCACAGCAGGUUGCUCAGUGACCUCACACAUCUGGCAACACUGGCUUACAAGCGCCUCGCACCUGAAGAGGUGGCUGAGUGGCUGCACCUAGAUGAUGAUGGAGGCCUCCCUGAUGGCUACAGAGAGGAGGUGGGCCCUGCACUGGCCCCUGCAGCUCCACCAUCCCCAGCCAGUCUGCCCUCUAGCAUGGGAGGUGGAGAGGAGGAAGAGGAGGCUACUGAGCAUGGAGGGAUAUUGGUGCCCACUGCAGGGGAGGCCAUCUGGGGGCUAGAAACAGCUCUUCGGUGGCUAGAAAGCCAGGACCCCAGGGAGGUGGGACCACUGAGGUUGGUGCAGCUUCGCUCACUCAUCAGCAUGGCCCGGAGGCUGGGGGGUAUUGGGCCUUCCACAGCAGGUACCAAUGAUGGUGUAUGACCAUGCCAGCCUAGUAACCUUUUCCUGCUGCAGUCUCUUGGGGUGGCCCACCCCAUGGGUUCAGGGGACAGGGGUCCCAGCCCAGCUUGGGCUCUGUUGGUAAAGGGUCAUCCUGCCCCAAUGGUCUGCAGUCUCCUGGGGAGGAUUGUUGAAGGAAGGCUCUGGCUGAUCCUUCUCCCUAGGCAGGACACACAGGUGAAGUUCCCUUCCGCACACUAGGCACAUGCUCAGCACCUAUCCAAGAGCAGUUGGCUGUGUUCUCACCUGGCCCCUGUGGGGCUCACACCCCCUAUUUCCCCAGCCUGUCAUGUGCACUGGAUGAGACACUCCAAUUCUGUCUGCAGUACUGGUGCUACCUGGUCCCAUUAUUGUAGUAGGAAAGCACACUACUCAGCCAUUUAAAAAAAAAAAAAAAACACAUUAAAUUUGUUUUUAGAAUCUUCAGAAGAGGCUAUGAGAGGAGAAGAGUGGGGUGGUCUUGGCUGCUCUUGCCCUUGGUCUGGAAACUGCCCUCCAGCCCUUAGCCCAGACCUAUUUACAAUGGAGUGGGGAAAGAGAGGAUGGAGCCCAGUACUUCCUGAGGUUCUGGAUGCAGGCUUUUGUUCCACUUGGAUUGUUAAAUCUCUUGAAGAAAAUUCCUUUCUGAAUAGAUCUUUUAUUACAUGGGGUUGGCAAACUGGAUAUGGGUCUUGGAGGUUUGACCAAUGGCAGGACAAGCUUGUCCCGUUUCUCAUUGGCCACAGACCAUGUUAGCCCUAGUAACAGAGCCAGUCUCCCAAUCUACCAGGGAGCACUGACAGCAACCUGGGGACAAUUCAUAGUGCCUUAGUCCCAUUCCCCUGCUCAGCCCCCUGCUCUUCUGGCUCACCU